AUGGCGGACGCCAGCAUCGACCGCUUGAUCGAGGCUCUUGCUGCGAAGCUGCCGGCGAAGGCCACACGUCAGACGGUCGAGUUGGCCCUUCGCGCUGCCAUCGAUGCCGUGCCCAAGUCGCAACUGCGAGACAAGCUCCUGCUGAAGGAGGGGAGGUGGGUACGAGCCAUCCUCCAGCGGCUUGCAGAGAGGAUUGAAAACGAAGUCCAAGACAGCGCGGCUGCUGCUGAGCAGGAGGUUGCAGCGGAAGAGGAGGUUGCGGAAGAGGUGAGAGGCCAGUUUCUCGGGUCCUCGAGCACGCUGAUUCAAUCGAAACUCAGGGUCUCUGUGGUGUGCACUAUUGCUAUUGCCAGUGAUGUUGGUCCGAAAGACGACAAGUGA